AUGUUUAAAGAUUUCACGUUCCAUUCCCCCACCCACCUCCGUUCUUACGAUUUGUUUCUUUGCGUAUCUAUAUUUCUACCUAUCUCUGUCCAUAUCUAUCUAUCUAUCUAUCUAUCUAUCUAUCUACCGUGGAUAUAUAUCUAUAAUCUGACUGGUUCUAUCUAUCUAUCUAUCUAUCUAUCUAUCUAUCUAUCUAUCUAUCUAUCUAUCUAUCUAAUUCUGUUCAUUAUCACUCUAAAUUUAUUACCUCUCUUUCUCCUCUCUCUUUCUCCUCUCUCUUUCUCCCUCUCUCGCAUUCUAUGUUUCUUAUUCUUUCUCUCUCUCUUUCUUGAUAAUGCACACAGCCCUCUUUUUGGAAGAAAGCUAAACGAUAAAGCAUUAUGGAACCCCUCCUCAACCAACAAAAAAAAAAAGAAAAAAAGAAAAAGGUCGAGCCGCCUCUUUCGUACAGAGUAA